UCUCACUAUGUUCUACGGGCGGCACAUCAUGCAAAACAAAUUGUUGGCUUUAAGUAAAGUGCUCCUGAGAGAUUGUAAAUAUUUCUACAAAUAAAACUCUACAUUACGCUGGUCAGUCCGUUCGUUAUCAGUUAAAGGACAAACGGCUUAUCUUCGAUCGAUCGAUCCUCGCCUAUCGUUAACACGCAACUCCCACUCGUUUCAUGUUUACAUUUUCGUUAUCAAGCAACCAUCGGGUGUCACUUUGCUGACGUUCAGAAACAAAAUUCCAGCAUCCUCGAUAUUCGUGCAAAAGUUUAUCACGUUUCGUUGAGGUAGUGAUAACGUGGAGUUUGUGCCUGUUUGCCAUCUGUGAUUACGGGGCGCAAUGUCUUCUCCGAUCAGCUCGUCCUCGGAAUACAACAGUGCGCUGGAUCAGACGUUCAACUCUACGCUUGAUUCGGACAAGUUAAAUAAUUCCGACCUGAGCAAUAGUGAUAUCGAAAACGUGAAUCUGACUGGUGACUGGAAUGAGGCACUUCGAGCCAAACAGAAGAAAAAUGCAAAAGAUUCUACACUGCAGUUACUGGACAGUUUGCGCAACAACAAUCUUGACCAGAUGGGCGACACGAUAGGAGACACAACCGCACUGAACAGCACCGCCAGCACGCUCAGCCUGGAUCUGAGCGCUGCCGGUGAGCUGUCUGAUACGAUCAACAAUGUGACGUUAUCGUUCGUGAGCUCCUCGGAGGAGGAUGGCGAGGUGCUGACGGCUAGUACGCCCCGAGCUCCCGAUGUCAGUGUUAACAUGUCGCAGUCCGACACGUCCACCACGACGACCCAGGGCGAGAAGGAUUCUCGCGACACAACGGCUAACGUAUCGCAGCUGCCAGUAGAAAGUGGAAGCGAUUCGGCGAUUCCACUGUACGCGACACUGGAGGAGUUUGACCGAAAUCUUCCAGAGACAGUAACACUGCUAACGAAGCCGGACGGUACGAAGGUGUACUUGGUUGGAACGGCUCAUUUUAGCGAAAGCUCGCAGCGGGACGUUUCGCUGGUGAUGCGAAACGUACGUCCACACGUAUUAAUGCUAGAGCUGUGCCCGUCCCGUGUGCAUAUUUUAAAGUACGACGAGAAAACGCUGCUGGAGGAAGCGAAAGAUAUGAACGUGGCCAAAAUGCGUCAGAUCAUCCGGACGAAUGGUAUGGUCAAUGGCAUAUUCUACAUUCUGCUGUUAAACAUGAACGCUAAGUUCACCAAGAAGCUAGGCAUGGCGCCGGGCGGAGAGUUUCGGUGCGCGGUCAAGGAGGCUCAGCAGAUCCCGAACUGCGUCAUACAGCUUGGCGACCGCGAGAUCAAAGUGACGCUGCACCGUGCCCUGCGUGGCCUGUCCCUGUGGCAAACGAUCAAGUUACUUCCGAAGCUGCUGUUCAUCGAUGACGACAUUAGUAUCGAGGAGGUGGAGCAAUGCAAGCGGAAGGACCUGCUCGAGGAGAUAAUGCUCGAAAUGGCCGGCGAGUAUCCCGCCUUCGGGCGAGUGUUCAUCCACGAGCGUGAUCUCUACCUGUGCCAUUCGUUGCAGCUGGCCGCGCGGCCGCAGAUCAACCCGGUCGACGGACAUUCCGAGCCGAUACGAGUGGUGGGAGUAGUGGGUAUUGGCCACGCAGCCGGCAUCGCCAAGCACUGGGGCAAGGUUGAGAUCAGCAACAUUGAGUCGAUCAUAACGAUUCCACCGGCCAGCUUUGGGCAUCGUAUGGUGAAGUACACCGUCAAGUAUGGCUUGCUCGGGCUCGCGGCAUACGGUGUGUUCCGAUUCGCUCGGCCCCGGUUCGAGCGACUUUUCCUAUGAUUCAUUUUCGGAUUUCUUGGCAAAACGUCGUGAGGCUAAUUAUGCGAUGGUCACAGCACAGAAUCAAACUAUACAUAUUAAUCGAGUGUAGGCGCGUGGGAGGUGGUGGUGCGAGUAGAUGAAAGGAAGUUCAAUAUCUCUUCUCGCUAAAUGCACCAAAAGACUUUACCUUAUCUUUUUUACCAGCAUUCCAGGGAGUUAAAAUCAGAACUGACGCACAAUCUAACGCAAGGUGCCAGAGAGAUGCGAGGGAGAUAAAGUUUAGAAAAUAAAGCCACAGUUAUCAGUUCCA